GUUAAGCAGGUUAAGCAGGUUAAGCAGGUUAAGCAGGUUAAGCAAAUGGUUAAGCAAAUGGUUAAGCAGGUUUUUCUAUGUCCGACUAACCAACUGCAUCAAUGCAAUUUUUUUUUUUUUUGAGCUUUGCAAAAAUCCAAUUUCAGGUGCCUUAAAAAGGAGCUCCGGAAUAGUGUACUUUGCUGCGAACCCACUUAUUUUUGAUCUUCGAAGCAUCUACCAAAAUUAUUAGACAUCGUUAUGACAAAAAAAGGGCUAAGACAAUUACCAACAAAGCUUCCCAAGAUGGUUGUAUUUGAUUUGGACUAUACCUUAUGGCCUACUUGGAUCGAUUGUACUGGUGGCCCACCUUAUACCUAUGAUGACUCUAAUAACACCAUCGUUAAUACUUUGGGAGAGGUCCUAGGGUUUUUUGAGCAUACAGCAACCAUUAUUUCGAUAAUUAAAUCCGUUCCGGAUACAAAAAUUGGACUCGCAUCGAGGACACAAACUCCUGAAUGGGCAAGAAAAGCAAUCAGCUUAUUGAGAAUCCCUCAGCUCAAUAAUACAACACUUCGGGAAAACGUAGAUUAUAUGGAAAUAUAUCCUGGAAGUAAACUAAAGCACUUCAAAUCUUUGUCUGAGAAAUCUGGAAUUUCAUGUUAUGAUAUGCUGUUUUUUGAUGACGAGAGUAGAAACAAGGAAGUGACAAAGCUAGGCGUGCAUUUUGUGAAAGUGGAUACCCGGACGGGCAUCACACUUUUUCAGUUUGAGAACGCUUUGCAUGCUUUUGCUAGUAAUUCUGGUACGGUUCAGGGAAAAAUGGACAGUUACUUCACCAAAACAAACGUUAAGCGCAAAUGAGAAGAGUUUGCUUCAGCAGAGGAUGGCAUAUCAGCAUUAUUUAUUAUAAUUAAAUUCAAUUGAACUUUUUAGACAUUGAACCAACAUCAAUAAAAACUACAAUUUGUAAAUAUGGCA